AUGAUAACAUUAUUAUUUCUACAAGUGGUGCUUUCACAGAAAAUAUUGGAUUCACCUCUUGAACAAGUUGUAUGGUGCAAAUCAGAAACUUUUAUAUUGAGUGCUAAGGGUAUGGUGUACAAAAAUUACACAUCUGAAAUGUCAAAGUUAACAUCUAAUGUAAAUCUUGAUUAUUCAUCUUAGUUAACAAUUAGAGAAAUCUUAUAAUCAGAAGCGGAUCCUUAAGUGCUUUAUCUAAUAGGUGAUUUUGAUACAUCAUAUGUGACUCAGAAUUGUGGAAAAACGUAUUAAAAAUUUAAGCACGAAAAGACUCUGCAUGAUUAUAGGUUAAAUCCAUUAGAGGCCCAUAGUUUGAUGGCAUUUAAGGAAUUUAGAUGCAAUGUUACGAAUGGGAAUUUGUGUAAAGAGAAAUAUAAGAAAUAGUAUGAUGAUUUAUAUUAUAUUCUAGAUUGUAUGUAAGUAAUGAUUAUGGAAGUAAUUGGAGAUUGGUGUUGAAUAGAACAAAGGAUGCAAUAUGGGAUAAGUUGAUUGAAUUACCGGAAGUGCCUGAUUCAAGAAUAGUAGCUUCUUAUCUAAAUGAUUAAGGCCACGUAUAGGUUAGUUAUAGCGAUGAUUAUUUUAAAACAAUGAUGCUUUUGAGGAAUAAUUCCUAUGGGUUUUAUUAGACAAAAGAAUACUUGUUUAUUUUGAUUGAUGCUGAUCCUUUUAGUAAAGGAUAUGAUUUGGAGGUGAUAAAGUAAGGAAGUCUAAAUCCGGUAGAAUUGGUAUUGCCAAUAGAAGAUCAUUAGAAAUACACAUUUACAGUAUUGGAUACUGUGAAUGGUUCUAUUUUUAUAUCAAUAUCUCAUUUGGAAGACAUGCCAAAGAUAAUGAAUAUAUAUUAGAGUGAUACAAGUGGAACAAAAUAUACAUUAUCAUUGUUGAAUAAUGUAAGAAGUUUGGAUACUGGAAAUUGUGAUUUUGAAUUCAUAAUGAGGGGAAUAUACAUAGCCAAUAUAUAUGAUAAUGAUGAAUUUGAGAAGUUUAAGAUGAGGAGAUCAUCAAAAAGUACGGAUGGUAUAAAAAGAUUAGAAAAUUAUAAAUAAAGCAGAAUAACUUUUGAAUAAGGAGGAGAGUGGCAUUCUAUAAAAGCACCAAAAUAUGAUUAUAAAGGAUAAGCUAUAUAAUGCAAUGGGGAUUGUUCACUGCAUUUGUUAGGAAGAAGUGAAGCCCCUAGAAAUAGAAUAGUUAGUCAUUCUUACAUAACAAUAGGGACUGGGAAUACUGGAAUUUAUUUAGGAAAUGAAUAUAAGACUUAUUUAAGUAGGGAUGGUGGACAUACAUGGUUUGAAAUAUUGGAUGGUAUGCAUAUUUAUGAUAUUGCUGAAAAUACAGGAUUGAUAGUAUUUGUAAGUGAUGAAGAAUAAGCAAAUGAGAUAUUGUAUACUUGGGAUGAAGGUUUAACAUUUCAGAAGAUUAAGAUGAAUGUGACAAUGGAUAUAUCAAAUGUAAUAUAUAAGAAUGGUAAAUUUUUAUUUCAUGGCAUCUCUGAUAGUAAGACUCUCGGAGUUGCUAAAGAGGAUGAUUUUACUUAAAGUGCAUUAAAGGGGAUAAUUGUUUCACUUGAUAUUAAUUAGAUAAUGGUUAGAGAAUGUUAAGGAUUUGAUAGAGCAGGAGAAUAAGAUUCUGAUUAUGAAUUCUGGUAUCCAACUAAUUAUGCAGGAGACAAAUGUUUAUUUGGAAGAAGAGAAAAGUAUAUCAGAAGAAAAUAGAGAGCUUAAUGUUAUAAUAAUUAAGCUAAUCUUCCAGUUUAAACAGAGAAUUGUCCAUGCACUAAGGCUGAUUGGGAAUGUGAUGUUGGAUUCAAAAGAGAUGUAUAUUCUAACUGUAUUCCUAUGAAAGAGAUUAGACCUAAAUAAUGUAAAGGAACUUAUAUGAAAAGUUAAGGAUAUAGAAAAAUAUCAGGAGAUCAAUGUUAAGAUGGGUAUCUUAUUAUAUUAUUUCAAGGGUAUACUUAGGACCAAUUGAAGUGGAUUGUUAAUAGGAAGAAUUAUCUAUCAUUCCAGAUACAAAUUAAAAAGACUUAAACAAUUAAGUUGAUAAUGAUUAACAAUAAUAAGGAUCUGUCACAACCAAAAAAGUUUAGAUUACUUAAAAGAAAACAAGUGGAGGGGGAAUUAAAUUCUCUUAUUUGGCAUUUGGAAUUAUCCUACUCUUCUUAGCAUUCUUUGCUAAAAAGAAGUAUUUGGAUUCUGGAAAAACAAAAAAGAGAUCUCCAGCUCAUUACUAUCCUAGUCGAUAAUAAGAAAAAUAAAGUUUAUUUACAGAACUAUGAUGAUGUACA